AUGAAAAUUGGAGAACAGGAGGCUCUUGCUCGGCCGUUGCCGUGCCUGCCGAACCGUAUAUCCGGAAUUGCAUCUACCCACUUCCUUCUACCAAACUACCCAACAAAAUCUCCGUGCAUAUCUCCCCCUCGAUCGCAAUCCAUUCCCACGAAAAUCCUUACAAUCAAUCUCCCGAAAGUGAAUCUCAAAUCUUUCAGAAAACCAUGCACCAACCCUUCCCCCUCCCCUCUCCGAGCACAAACAAACAAACAAAUACAACAAGAUGCACAGAAAUCCAUUCCGAUUUCUGAAUCUAACCCCACCUACUUGUAUCUUUUCACGUCUCUAAAUAACCUUGCACUAACAACAACCGAAAAAAAGAAAGAAAAAAAGAAUGUCGCCAGUCCCGUACCUUCCAUCCCAUCCUUUGAAAAGAAGCCCCUGGGUCUUUCUUCCUUUCAUUCAUUCCAUCUUUCUUCUUCUUGUUUUUAUUUUCCUUUGUUCUUCUCUUUUCUCUGUCAACUAUUGCACAAAUAAUAU